AUGGUGGCUACGAACCCCAUCCCGGGGCCCAUCCAGGCCGACACGCAGAUCCCCUCCGCGGAUCCCGCCCACGACCCGACCUUCAUCACGGAGAAGGUCCGGUACUCUGAGCAGAACGACGAGCUCAAGAGCGAGGCCAGCGGCGAUGACGAAAUCACCGACCUCUUCGUUCCCUUCCCCGAGGUCAAGGGUCUCGAGCCCGAGGGUAACCCUCUGACCGUCCGCGCCGUCGUAGUCGGAAUCAUCCUGGGUUCCCUUGUGAACGCUUCCAACGUUUACCUUGGUCUCAAGACUGGCUUCACCUUCACUGCGAACAUGUUUGGUGCCAUCUUUGGCUAUGCCAUCGUUAAGCUUCUGGCCAAAUCGCUACCCCACCUGCCCAUCAUUGGAGGCACCUUUGGCCCGCAGGAGAACUCCAUCAUUCAGGCUUCCGCCACCGGAGCCGGUGGUAUGUCUGGUCUGUUCGUCGCCGCUCUUCCCGCCAUGUACCAGCUCAACCUCAUGUCCGACAACCCCCGCGAGGACUUUGGCCGUAUCUUGACCAUCACCGUCGUCUGCGCCUUCUUCGGUCUCUUUGCCGCUGUUCCCCUGCGCAAGUUCUUCAUCAUCAACGUUGCUAGGGAGUUGAACCUCGUGUUCCCGAGUCCUACCGCGGCUGCCUUGACCAUCCGCUCUAUGCACGCCGUCGGCAGCGGUGCCGCCGAUGCCGCCAAGAAGAUCAAGACCCUGGGAUACUGCUUUAUUGGUGCUCUCGUCCACAUUGUCGUCUCCCAGUACGCCGACGGUAUCCUGCACAACUGGUACGUCUUCUUGUGGGUCUACGUCUGGAGUGGCUACAAGAACUGGGCCAUGAACAUCAACAACUGGGGCUGGUACAUCCAGCUUACUCCCGCCUUCUUUGGUUCCGGCAUGCUCGUCGGAAUCAACGCUGCCCUGUCGUGGUGGCUCGGAACCGUCGUUGCCUGGGGUAUCAUUGGGCCCACCCUUGUUCACUACGGAGAGGCGAUUGGUAUUCAAAGAUACCCCGACAGUGAGAAGUGGUCCGACGUGGUCAACUUCGGUGUCAUGAAGGUCAGCGACGACCCCAACUGGAUCCCGUCCCCCCGCUACUGGAUGCUGUGGCCCGGUGUCAUGGUCCUCGUUGUCUACUCCAUGGUCGAGUUCAUCCUCCACAUCGGUGUCCUCGUCGACGGCGCCAAGUUCGCCUUCCGCUCUACUGCUCGCAGCCUCAACAACCGCAUGCAGUCGCGCGGCAAGCACAACGCCUUCAUUGCCAAGCACGCCGGCCUGGCCGAUGCCCAAGACAGCCUCGUGGAGGACUUUGCGCCCCCGAGCCAGCAGGUCCCCAUCUGGGUCUGGGCGACUGGCACUCUUAUUUUCGUUGCCGUCGCCUGUGUCGUCUGCCACGUCCAGUUCCACAUGAACGCCGGUCUCGCCAUUCUUGCCUGCAUCCUGGGUCUUCUCUUCGCCUUCCUCAGUAUUCACGGCGGUGCCGUUACUGACUGCACUCCUCUCACUGCGUCUGCCAAAGCCUCCCAGCUCGUCUUCGGUGGUGUCACCUCCGGCCAAGGCCUCAGCGUGAGUGCGGCUCAGCGCAUCAACCUCGUCGCCGGUGGUAUCGCCUCCGGUACCGCCGACGUUGCCACGUCAUUGGUCUCCGACUUCCGUGUCGGCUUCCUCCUCCGUACUCCUCCCCACCUGCAGUUCUAUGCCCAGGCCAUCGGUGCCGCAGUCAGCGUCUUCCUUGCGCCUGGUGUUUUUGUCCUGUUCAUGGCUGCCUACCCCUGCAUCUGGAAGGAGAUGGAAGCCGAUGAGGUUUGCGCCUUCGGUGCCCCCUCCGUCACGGCAUGGAGGGCCGUUGCCGAGGCUGUUACCAAGCCUCAGCUGCCUAUUCCCAGGUCCUGCGCCAUCUUCACCAUCGUCAUGGGUGUCAUCUGCGCUCUUCAGGCUGUCCUCAAGAACUUCUACCUUGUCGGCCCCCGUAUGAAGUACCGCGACUACCUCCCCAACUGGAUGUCCAUCGGUGUUGCCUGGGUUCUCGGCCCUGACAGUGGUUAUGCCAAUGCCAUCAUGGCCGGUGCCAUCUUCGCCUGGGCCUGGAAGAAGUACUUCCCCAAGGGAUUCGAGGUGCACUGCUUCGCCGCCGCCGCUGGUCUCAUCGCCGGUGAGGGUUUCGGAGGUGUCAUCAACGCUGCUAUUGAGCUAGGAGGUGUGAGUGGUGGCGCCAUCGGCUCCCACAUCGCUCUCCCUGGUGAAGAGUGGUAA